ACUUGCUAAGAAUACAAUUCACCGUUGUCUACAAUGGCUGCAUAUUAUCUUUUGCUUUUUGCUUUAACUUUUGUUGUGUUUGGAAGUACACAAUCAAAGGAUGUACGAGUACACGGUCGUACAAAUAGAUUACAACAAUUUAUGGGAAAUAUCGCUUCUUCGGUCCCGCACAAGAAUUUUCAACUAAAUAAUGAGGUUUCUAAGGAGAUUGUUCUGGUGUACCUAUUCUACGAGACCAUGUGCCCGGGCUGCAGACAAUUCGAUACCACUUAUUUUUCUGAAUUAAUACACAAACUUGGCGAUCACUUGAGCGUUAUCACCAUCCCAUAUGGAAAAGCCGCGACAACUAAAUACUACAACGGUACACUUACCUUUUGGUGCCAGCAUGGAGAACUUGAGUGUUACGGGAACAAACUGCACGGAUGUGCACAUUACUACUUCGCCCAAGAAGAAAAAGAAGAAGAAUAUAAAAGCAUACAUUUCAACACCUGCUUGAUGGAUCUUGAAAGAUCUGAAAAUGGGUCCAACGAUGAUGCAGUCGAUGAGUGUGGAUCGAAAAUGAACAUUAGCGAUAAAGUUUUGGCAAAUAUCAAAUCCUGUGCCAAGAGUGACCUAGGCGACCGGAUAUUUGAAUUUCUAGGUGAGUAUAGUCUGUUAAAAUACACUUCCUUGCCCCACGUCGAACUCAACCUAGAGCCCUGGACAGGGAAACACGAGGAUCUAAUCAAAGACGUCUGCGCCUUGUUCAAGAACCCUCCUGAACCGUGUAAAGAUGUAAAAUGAUAGCAUCACUGCAGGCUUAUGUAAUAGCGAUGUUCUAUGGAAAAUAAAGAGCUGCACUUACAAUG